AAUUUAAAGUAAAAAAAAGCUUGUGCAGGAGAGGUAGGGAAUUAAAAGCUCAUACAGAGACCUCUCUUAAAGUACCUAAAAACUCAACAUAAAUAGAAAUAAUGGGAGGUGGAAAGACUGCUACAACUUCUCCCAAAUCUCUGAAAUGUUCUCCAAACAGGCUAUAAACAUCAUACUGUAUGCAGAUCAGUUUGCAGUGUAAUGUAGGGAAAUGCUGACUUUAAAGACUGUUGUGCAACUUCUCACAAAUGUCAGUGGAGUUUUUCCUAAAUCCAGGGAAGUAGAGCCUGACUAAUUUCUAAUUUUGGGUUGUAGUAUUAAUUUCUGUAAACCUUCUGGAAAUACCCAUACUAUGUUUCACUUUCACUCCUUCUUCUUGCACAUACAUAAGAAUGGACUCAAUAAAACAGAGACAGUUUGUGUUAAGAGAGUUGUUUUUGCAGAUUUAAGUUCAAUAGAAACACAACAAACAGCCGCACAACCGGUUCAGAGACCAGGAGUAACUUCACAGGAAUGUUUCACCUGUGAUCACAAUGACCUGGGGCAAGGGGUGUGGUUAUCCUUGUGAGAGCAUGCAGGGCGGGAGUAUUGCUUUGCUGUUCCUCCUCUCACUUCCUGAACACUGCCCAAAUAUGUGGAGUUACAAACGCAGGAUAACCUGUAGUAUACUGGACCUUUGACAGACCGGACCAGGAAAUAAUAUCCGACAGCAAAGAUUAUUGGCUCGAGCUGGUGUAAACAAACAUGUUCCUGUGGCAAUAUCUGACACUGCUCCUGCUGUUAACUGUUCAAAUACGCAAAGCCCAGGGAUGUGAUGAAUUUACAGAUCUAAAUCUCAGUCACGCAAUAAUUGGAACCAGCCUCAAAACUAGGCUGUUGCUGUACACCAGGGAUACUGUCUCCUGUGGUACACUCAUAUCCCACACCAACAUGUCCACCCAUCCCCAGUUUAACUUCUCCAGACCAACAACCUUCGUCAUUCAUGGCUAUCGGCCCACAGGAUCUCCACCAAACUGGUUGCAAAAAAUCACGGAGCUGCUGCUGGCCAGGAAAGAUGUGAAUCUCAUUGUAGUGGACUGGAACUACGGAGCUGCUAAUGUGAAUUAUUUUAAGGCAGUGGAGAACACACAAAAGGCAGCUGACAACCUCACUGCUUUUAUUCUAAAGAUGCAGGAACAUGGUGCCUCACUGAGCUCCAUCCACAUGGUCGGAGUCAGUCUCGGGGCUCAUGUAUCAGGCUUUGUAGGUGCCAAACUGAAUGGGUCACUUGGAAGAAUUACAGCUCUGGACCCUGCUGGGCCUCAGUUCACUGGCACUCCUCCAGAGGAUCGACUGGACCCCUCAGACGCCCAGUUUGUGGAUGUUCUGCACACAGACAUAGAUGCCCUGGGCUUCAGGGAACCUUUAGGUCACAUAGAUUUCUAUGCUAAUGGUGGAACUGACCAGCCUGGCUGCCCAAAGACCAUCCUUUCCGGAGGAGCCUAUUUUAAAUGCGACCACCAGAGAUCAGUGUUGCUCUUCCUUGACUCUGUGAAUCAGACGUGUGUCAGCAAGGCCUUCCCCUGCUCCUCCUACCAAGAGUUUCUGAAUGGGAAUUGCUUGAACUGUGACCGGUUUGGUGCAGCUGGAUGUCCUGUCUUUGGUUAUGACGUCACAGACUGGAGAGACGUCCUGCUGAAGCUUGGCCAAACAAAAACAUACUUCACCACAAAUGCAGUCUCUCCAUUCUGCAUGACAAACUACAGGAUGAAUGUGAUGAUAUGGAACAGGGAUGUGCGCUGGGGAUACAUUACUGUUAAACUUCAUAGUAAGGGUAAAGAAGCAGUGGCAACCAUCAACCAUAAAGCUGUAGAGUUCAAGAAGUACACAGAGACGAAGUUAUUGGCCCAGUUUGAUAAAGACUUAGAGUCAGUGGAAAAAGUGUCUCUCAAAUUCUCCACCGGGAAUGUGUUCAAGCCCAAAUAUAAACUCCGUGUUCUACGACUCCGUCUUACACAUCUGGAAGGCACGAAGAGGCCUCUCUGUCGAUAUGAUAUCCUUCUUGAGGAGAACAAAGAGGUCACCUUCAGGCCCCUUCUCUGUGAGGAAUCCAACUUCUGAGACUAAACCUGACCCCAUGUCGAGAAAAAAAAAAAAACACUGCUCGUGCUGGAAAAGAUUCCGCUGACUCUUCAGUCCAGUUCCAGGAGUGAACAGGAAAACAAUGAGGACAAUAGCGUAUCAAAGAUAUAAGCCUGGCAACGAUGAGAUCAUUUGUGAUCUGAAAAUCUAAUGUGAUAUAUUAUUAUGUGUGUGUGUUUAUAGGACCAGUGUGUAGGAUUUAUUGGCAUCUAGCGGUAUAACUGCAGAUUGCAACCAACUCGCCUCACCCUCCCCUUCUAAGGGUGUAGGAGUCUCAUUCUAAGGUAAAAAAAAACUACUAUUCGUAUUUUUAGGUGAUUAUACACAUAUGCAGAACAUAGCUAUGAAUAUUAUAUUCCAUUUCUACAAAUAGAUCCUCCUAAAUGUUACACACUGGAUCUUUAAGAGAAAAUAUAUGUGUGUUUUUUAUGAAAACUUUUGCCUGUAAAGGGAAUCUAAAUGCAUUUCACUGGUAGGGAGAUGCAUAUUAUUUCAUGCAUUUGAAUUAAUCUCAAAUGAUUUAUGAGGACAAGUUAUCUCAGUAACGAACUGACUGCAACAACAAAACUGAGGCUGGUUUUAAAAGAAUAGUGGACAUUUUUUCCUUGUCUACUCUGUUAGUCUCGAUUUAGUAAGACUGAGAGAGAAACAUUAAUGAUAUAAAUAUAUUCCAGCACAAAAUUAUUAUUUUGGAUAAUCAGGGUUUUGAUCCCUGGUUUUCUUUCCAUAUAAAGUACUGCACUCUCUUGACACUUUCUCAAUUAAACAUGGAUUUUUUUAUAUAUAUAUAUGUAUAUAACAUUACUAAUAACUAUAUUUAUUUGUGUAUUUGAAUUCAUCCUUAUUAUGAAUAAAAUUUCAAGUCAAUAAUGGAUGACAUCUUUAAUGAGUUCACAAAGCUUCUAUACAUCAGCAACUGAUGAAUUCACUCACAGCUUAGUCUGACAGGUUUUUGUCAUCAAAAGGCAAACCUACAUUUCUAAACCAUAUGUAUAUACAAUAUGAUAGGAGCUUUAUGUUUGAGCCUCUACAGCACAUUAUUAUAUAUAUGUGUGUGUAUAUAUGUCAGAUGGAUCCACUGGAUAAUGGAGCAAUUAUUAAAAUCCAAUGAAACAACAA